AUGCAACUUCUUUUUAAACCGGUUGGGGGCAGUAAAUCACACGUCUUCGUUUUCUGCUCAGUUUCUCUCCGUAGAAGAAGAAGAAAAAAAUUAAACAUUGCGCGGGAAACUCAGGCAGAAAUGGAGAUGGACGUUGACGGAGCAGCGCAGGAAGAGACGGAUCGUUUCUCUCCGUCGUCUUUAAAACUGUACGAAACACAAUUUUUCGGCUUCACUCCGCAGACCUGCAUGUUACGAAUUCACGGGGCUUUCCAGGACUGUCUGUACGACAUUUUACCCGUGGUGGAGAGGGUGUGUGUUAGGCAGUUGAGUAAAGGCCAGCCGGACAAGGCCGAAGAGCAGCUGCGGUCUCGAGCCAGGGAGUGUAGCCGGAAGCUGCAGCAGUUUCUGGAGGAGCGCUUCAAGCCGCUGGCGGGGAGGAUGGAGGCCCUGCUGAUGAACCGCUGCUUCACGAUACCUCCAAAUGUCCUGCUGCCCGAAGACCAGUCGCACAAGAAAUACCCUCAGGGCAUACAGGAGGUGAUGAAGCUUGAAUCGUCCAUAGCGGACCUCCACAGAACUUACGAAGCAGAGGUUUGUGCCAGACAAGCUCUUUUAGCUGAGCUGGAGGAGCAGAAGGAGGUGCAGAAGCAGCUGGAUGAGAUCCUGGCCUGGGCCACAGAUAUCCAGGCAGCCUGGGUGAAGGAGGGCAACGGCAACUUUCAGGAAAGUUUCCGCUUGGUGAUGAAGUCUGUAAAGAAACUGCAGGGAGCUGUCAGGGAGGUUUUGGUCUGCAGCAAAAGACUCAACUGAACUGUGAGGCUUAAUGCAAAUAAUAAAACAUGAAUUUAUUACUGAGAAAAUUUACAUUUUUGUCAAGAACAUUCAGAGCGUUUCUUCCUCCCAUUACUUUAUUUUUUUUGCUUUUUUCUGCACAAUAAUAAGCCCCAUCCACACAACUAAUCUCAGCCACAGAUUAAAUU